ACUCCCAGAGGAUCGAUUAGUUCCACAUACACACACCUGAUUCAAUAACACGUCUGCAUAAGCCAUGCCGCAUCCAAACAUCAAAGUCCAAACACGUCUUCCUUUUAAAGUACGUGUAAUCCACGCACGCCACGCAGUUUCCACAAUUCCACUGACAGAAGCAAAUAACCGAAUCGUGGGAGUUUAAACGAAAGAAAGAUCUAUAGCGUGUUUAGAUAUCUAAAAAGACAGCGUUCAGCUCAUAAUGGCCGAAGAAAAACGAUCAGAAUUUCUGAAAAAUAGAAGCAAAACAGAUCUAAAAAGCUGGGAAAGAAUUCGUGUCCUCACGCUAAAUUGUUGGGGUAUCCCAUAUGUUUCAAAGUUAAGAAGGAAAAGAUUUGAUGCAAUUGGCCAGGAAUUAAAAACAAGCAAUUUUGACAUUGUUUCCCUUCAAGAAGUUUGGUCAAAAAAAGAUUAUGAAUUAUUGAGAGUGACACUGGAAAAGAAAUUUCCAUAUUCUUUCUAUUUUUAUGGUGGCGUGUAUGGAACGGGAGUUUGCAUAUUCUCACGACAUCCAAUCCUAAAGACGUUCGUCUAUCCGUUUUCGGUCAGCGGCUAUCCCUAUGCGCUCGCUCAUGGAGACUGGUACGGUGGAAAGGCGGCCUGUUUUGCAUUAAUACAACAUCCAACGAUGAAAAUACACUUCUUUACCUCACACCUUCACGCCGAGUACGAUCGCAACAACGAUGUCUACCUCGCGCAUCGUGUCGUACAGGCUUAUCAUCUCUCCAAGUUGAUUGGUCAAAUGACUGACCCUGAUGAUUUCGUCAUACUGUGUGGUGACAUGAACUCCGAACCAGGAGACCCUUGCUACAGGAUUAUCAAGGAACUUCCUCAACUUAAUGAUAGUUGGCUGGAACGCGGUGGAAAGUCUGGUUGCUAUGGAAACACGUGCGAUCGUAGUGCGAACAUGUUCUCGUCGGGAAAAUGUGAUGAUAGUAAGCGAGAAGGACCUGAAGAUGGAAAGCGAAUUGACUAUAUCUUCUACAGAUCAUUGGACGGGAGAUGGGAAUGCGACAGCGCAUCUGUGACAAUGAGUCAGGUGCCUGGGGCAGAGUUUCCGUUCUCUGAUCAUGAUGGGGUGGAAGCGAGCUUCUUGAUGAACGAACAAACCUCGUUAUGUUUGGAGGAAACCAUCCGAGAAGAAACUUGCCUAUCCGCGUUGUCAGAGGCGACAAACAUUAUCAAAACUGAACUCAGAAAAACCAACAAGAACUUUUAUAAGAAACUCAUAGCCAUCGUGCUCUUGCUGGUUAUCAUUCUUCUCCCUGUGUUUAUGCCUCCCGUUCAUGUACGGUGGCUGGAUACAGGGGAAGCCGUGGGGAAGCUUGUAUACACGUUGCGUAUACUGCUGACUGUGCUCGUAUGUGGGCUCACUUGGUUUCUCUUUAUCACCAGGAGCUACGAGCGGCAUGUUUAUGAAGGCGUGUUACGGGAAAUACACCUUGAACAGCAUCAUGGUCGUACUUCAUAUAGACUAAAGUAAAGCGUUGGAUCACGUGAACCUGUGUGACGAACUGAUUGAAUAGAAUUGACCAAUUAUUUGACAGUGGUUUUGGUCAGCCGUUUAAACCGUCUGCGUUUCGAUACACCUAGAUCAUAAUUAUCUGUAUUUGACAAAACAAAAAUUAACUAAACUAAACUAAGUUACUUUGAUAAUAAAGCUGUGCUUAUUUAUGUUCAAUGAAUGCUAAUAUUAAAGAAAGCCAAAAAAUA